AAACUUCGGCUACUCAAGCGUUUCUGUAUAAAUAUCACGACGCAAGAUUUAAAAUUCAUUUUUAUUGAGUACAAUAAGGAAUAUCUAUCAAAGAGAAAAGCAUUGACAUGUUGGAUUUUCUGCUUCCUGGUUCCGUUACGAGCACGUGUAUUGUCGGUCUGGUUGCCGGGCUCAUCGUGUAUUGGGCGAUACAAAAGUGGAAGUACAAGUAUCCACCAGGACCCGCUGGACUCCCUCUCCUAGGAAAUGCAUUGCAAAUCGACCAAGCUAAGCUACACGAACAAGCGUUUGAAUGGUCAAAGAAAUUCGGACCGGUGAUUACUAUCGGCACAGGUCCUAUUCCAGCUGUGAUUGUGAAUACAAUAGAAACUGCGAUGGAAGUACUUGUGAAAAAGUCAACAGAUUUUGCUGGACGGCAGCAUGCACCUUCCAUUGAUGCAUUUUCCUACGGAGGAAAAGACAUUGCCAUGGCGGACUAUGGCCCAACAUGGAAGCUUCACAGGAAAAUUGCAUCGAAAGCUUUACGUCAUUACAUGCAAGGUGAUGCUUUACAAAAUCGAGUUCAUGAUGCAGUCGAAACAGCCUUUUCUGAGAUUGACCAACUAUCUGGAGAGUUCGAUCCGUCAGAAUAUAUCACCUUUACAGUCGGAAAUAUACUCACAGGACUUUGUUUCGGAGGAAAGUACAGCUUUGAGGAUAAAGAAGUGAAGUUUAUUCUUGAGAGGGAAGACGCUCUUUUAAAAGACUUCGGCUUAGGGCCAUGGGAAGAUUUUAUUCCAGGACUAAAAUAUGUCUACAAGUCCAACAUAUUCAAGAAUGUGGAAGAUUUCGUGAAAGAAGUGCUCGAUGGUUAUAUCACUAACAAGCUGAAGGAGGCUGAGAAAACAUUUGAUAAAGACAACGUCCGUCAUUUCACAGACACUCUCAUCUUAGCCCGUAUGGAGGCUAUGGAAGAAGAGGGUGCAGAAAAACUGAAGUCGCUAACUGACCAACACCUGGUGCUGACGCUAUCCGAUAUUUUCUUUGCGGGUAUAGAUACGUCAAGAUUUACCUUGAGUGGUGCAAUACUACACAUGGUGGCCUUUCCUGACAUACAAGAAAAGGUGCAAGAAGAAAUUGACAGAGUUGUUGGCAGGGAUAGACUUCCUGGCAUUAAUGACCGGCCAAAUCUUGGUUACACUGAAGCUGUGUUGCAUGAAAGUAUGCGUCUGGGAACAGUAGUUCCAUUAGGAUUACCACAUAAGACUAUGUGUGACACUGAAGUUGCUGGGUACAGGAUACCAAAGGGUACAACUGUUAUAAUAAAUCACUGGGCCCUACAUCAUGACCCAGACGCUUGGGACGAUGUUGAUCGUUUCAUUCCUGAACGUUAUUUAGACGAGAAUGGAAAACUUGGGCCUAAACCAAAGAACUGGUUGCCAUUUUCAGCGGGAAAGAGAGUAUGCCUCGGUGAAUUCGUAGCAAAACCGGAACUGCAUUUGAUCUUUGCAUGCUUGAUGCAGCGUUAUAAGUGGAGAAUGAUUUCUGGGAAGUGCCCGGAUUUAGCGCAAGUUGGCGGUGCAAAUGGUCUCAUCUACAAGCCGUAUAAGGUCAUCGUAGAAAAGAGAAUUGAAAUGAAACAGAAGAACGAGGCUUAAAUUAGUUACAAUGUGCUUAAUUAUAUACUUAACAUUGUUUUCACCUCUUAUUUUGUAUGUAUUUCAAAUGUCUUAGUUGUUUAUUCAUAAUGGAAGUUUUUGAUCUAUUUCGUCUACAGGUAUUCAAACACUACAUUAGUAACAUUAUGUCUAGUGAUAAACCGUUUUGUGGUAUACAUGUAUGAGUUUAAUGUGCUUUUCUUUUAAAGAGAUAGGUAUUAGUGUCACUCAGACAAAUAACAGAAUCUAACUACAACUUUUAUCAAACGUGUUGAACCGAACAUUCCGUCUGCUUAAAGCAACACUGCAAAUAUCAGCUAGAAAAUCCUUCUACUAAUUCAGAAAUUGUAGACGAUAAUGAUGUUUUGUUCCACGACAGAACCUUUAAGAGAACGUUUCGGAUAUAGGUAGAUAGAUUUCUAGAUGAUACAUUUCUUAUUUGUUAAGCAAUGUGUCUUGACUGUGUAUUUAUAAACAACCUUUCUCUCAAGAUCUCCUGAUCUCCUGAUCAGAUAUAAAGAGGACAAAGAGAAGCAUGCACGCAGGCACGCACAACGAAAACAACAACAACAAAAAUAAAGCAGCUACACAUUAGGCACAUCAAAGCUGAAGCAACAAAUCUGUAUAUGAAAAAUUAAUACAGUUAUUUCUUUUUCAUAGUUUAUUUAAAUUGAGGUACAGUGUGUCUUCUAAGAAACUUCUAAAACAUUAUGCAAACCUCUUUGUCUACUUUAUAAUCGUUCAAUGUCCGAAAAAAUAUAUCCGUCUAGUUGGAAAUUAGCGCACGUUAUGCCUCUUUUUAAAAAGGGCAACAAAGAUGAACCGUCGAAUUACAGACCAAUUUCUCUUAUUAGUUGUGUUGGAAAAGUUAUGGAACGUAUUAUAUUUAAACAUAUGUUUAACUAUCUACAUGACAAUUCACUAAUAUUCCAAAAUCAAUCAGGCUUCUUACCAGGGCAUUCUACAAUUUUUCAACUGAUUGACAUCUAUAAUCAAAUAUGCAAAGCUCUAGACAAUAAAGAAUCCACGUGUAUUGUUUUUUGUGAUAUAUCCAAAGCGUUUGAUAGAGUCUGGCAUAAAGGACUAAUUUUCAAAAUACGACAAUAUGGAAUCACUGGAAAUUUGUUAGACUGGUUAGAAAAUUAUAUGAUGAAUAAAACUCAAAAAGUUUU